AAUUCAGAGAAUGCGAGGCACUGCCCUCCCUCCCUCCCCCCACUCCCUCUCUCUCUCCCUCUCUCUCUCUCUCUCUCUCUCUCUCUCUCUCUCUCUCUCUCUCUCUCUCUCUCUCUCUCCGCUCCUCCUCCGGGUGGAAAUUCAUCCUUCAGGCUCGGUAGCGGACAUUUGUGUGGAGGUUCCUCGGGAGAGCGGGACACGGUCUUCGGAGGUCUGAUCUCCGGCAACAGUAGCAGCAGCAGCAGCAGCAGCAGCAGGCUCUCCGGCCCGGGUCCAGGCUGAAGUGGAUCUCAUGCUGUCGCUGUGAUUUUUACACUCUCACCUCUCAGACGCUUCAAUUUCUCCUGGUUUUUACGCGUCAGAUUUUCUGCUCCGCGUCAGGAUUUCGCUGCCCGUCAGAGCAGCGGGAGGAGGAGAUUUGACACCGAGCAGCCAGCCUAUAUUUGUCCGCCGGAGUGUGUGUGAGGAGGAAGGAGGAAAACCGAGCUCCCCUGUCGCCACCAGUCUGCCUGUUCUGCCUGCAUAAGGAGCAGAAGGAGGAUUUAUCCGGGAUAUAACCCUGGAGGAGCUCUGACGGUCUCUAUGGGACUCCUGACCCUCUGAGGUUCGAGCACAAAGGGUUGAGGGGAAGAGGAAGAAUAAAGGCGCGAGAGGACAAAAGUGGAGGAGGAGGCGGCGAGCAGGAGAGCGUUUGUGCAGAGGAGUGGGCGGAGCCAGAAAGGGAGGCAGGGAGAUUUGAAAGAAGGGAUUAGCUGGAUCUGUCAGGGGUGCAUGCUCCCCCUUCAGUCCCCCCCUCCCGUGUGGACAUCCUCCUUUUUAUCCUGUGUUCCUCUUCAGUGACGGGUCUGCAGACUGCAGAGAAUGCACCACAGACUGAGCGUUGGACAGCUCGGGGAGAGGGGGGCCCUCGAUGUCAGACUCCCCAGGACUAGAGUGCUGCUGCUGGGCUUCCUGCUGGCGGCGGCGGGGCUCCUCCCCCUGCAGGCGUAUGCAGACGUGGAGAUCGACGUGCUGGGAGGGAUGGAAUUACUGGAAGCAGGAGAGGGCGAGGGCGUGGGCAGAGGGGGCGAGCUGGAGGCGUCUAUGACGUCCUCGCUGCUUCACGACUUUCAGGAAGUGACCGAGGGUUUGCGUGCCAUGGAGGCUGUUGCUAUGGAAACCAUAGAGAGGUCGGUGACUCAGCAGAACACUGCGCCCACCACCUUUCCAGACUCUUCAGCGGUGGUGGGUCGGAUCUUCCAGAUGAAGGUGCCCAACAAGAAGGAGGAAGUUUACCUGGGUGACAUCAUCAAGAUCACAGAGAUGGGUCGGGACUCCCUCCCCUCCUGGCUGCAUUGGGACUCAGACAGCCGGAUCCUGCAGGGUUUACCUUUGGAUGAGGACAAAGGUGUCCAUUACAUCUCUGUGACCACCUCCAACCAGUCCAAACCCUCGUCUUCCUCAGAUGUGUUUUCCAUCGAGGUUCACCCUGAGGAUCAUUCAGACGCAGAUUCAGCCCAGCUGGCGUCAAACCAAGCCACGCCGGAAGAUGACGUCCAGCCGUUCACGUGUAGCAACGAGGAGCCGGUCACCGUGCUGACGGUGAUCCUGGACGCAGACUUGACGAAGAUGAGCUCUGAGCAGAGAGUGCAGCUGCUGGACAACAUGAGAAGCUUCUCUGGGGUGGAGCUCCAGCGCAUGAAGAUCCUCCCUGUGGUCAACAACAGGCUGUUUGACAUGUCUGCGUUCAUGGCCGGGCCAGGAAACGCCAAAAAGGUGGUUGAGAACGGUGCCCUCCUGUCCUGGAAGCUCGGCUGCUCAUUAGACCAGAGCACAGUCCCAAACAUCAACAGUGUCCAGGGUCCUGCAAAGGAAGGCACAAUGUCCGCCAAGCUGGGCUUCCCUGUGGUGGGAUGGCACAUCGCCAACAAGAAGCCCCACGUCCCCAAGAGGGUCAGGCGCCAGUUAAACAACACCCCGACUCCCGUCCUUGCCGUGCUUCCUCCAACGACUGUGGUCGAGCCUCCGGUGAGGAUCAUCCCGACUCUCUCGUCACCUUCUAUCGCUGCACCGACUGAAAGUUCUGCUCCUCCAGUUAGAGGCCCCGUCCCCCUUCCGGGCAAACCCACAAUCAGAGUCCGUGACUCUAUUGCUCACACCCCAACCCUGGGACCCCCUCAGCCAACCCGGGUGAUGGAGACCACCAGCACCAUUUCUAUCCAGCCAACCAUGACCAGACCUACCAUUGUGGAGGCCACAGCCACACCCCCCACUCCAACAAGAAGACCUACCAAGAAACCCAAGAGACCCAAAACCACGCCAGUUCCCAGAGAGCCAAAGACCUCCACAGCAAAACCCCCAAGACGCACUACACCGUCACCUGCAGUUGUCCCAGAUCCAUACAACGAGAAGCCUGUCCUGCGUAACCCCAUUGACCAGGUCAACGCUCUGGUGGGCACCUACUUCGAGGUCAAGAUCCCGUCUGAUACCUUCUUUGAUAAAGAGGAUGGAACUACAGACAAGCUGCGCCUCACUUUGAGACAGAACCAUAACGAAGUGGUUGGAGAGGGCUCCUGGAUCCAGUUCAACACCACCAGCCAGCUUCUCUACGGCUUGCCGGAUGUCCAGCACGUGGGAAAACAUGAGUACUUCAUGCAGGCAGCUGAUAAAGGUGGCCUGAACGCAAUCGAUGCUUUUGAGGUCCGUGUGAGCCGCUGGCCUGCAAAUGACAAGACCCCAGUGAUCUUCACGGCACGCUUCGAUGGUGAGCCACGUUCAAUAACAAACGACAUCCACAAGAAGAUCCUCCUGGUCAAGAAGCUGGCAUACGCACUUGGGGACAGAAACAGCAGCACAGUGAGUCUGAGGAACAUCAGCAAAGGGUCCAUCGUGGUGGAGUGGACCAACACCAGCCUCCCAACGCACCCAUGCCCCAAAGAACAGCUCCAAGUCAUGAGCAGGACACUCGCCAGUGCAGAUGGGAAGCCCUCACAGACCUUCAGGUACUCUAUGGAGCCUGAAUUCAGACCACUGGACGUCAUGGUCAAAGGACGGGCGAGCUGCAGGACGUAUUCCUUCGUCCCACCAGGAGAGAUCGAUAUACCUGAACCUCCAGCAGUCACUCCGGCUCUGGGAACAGGCCGGCAGAGCACAGAUGACGUUUACCUCCACACAGUUAUUCCUGCUGUGGUGGUGGCAGCCAUCUUGCUAAUAGCAGGUAUCAUUGCAAUGAUCUGCUACAGGAAGAAGAGAAAGGGCAAGCUUACCAUCGAGGACCAGGCCACCUUCAUCAAAAAAGGGGUGCCCAUCAUAUUUGCAGAUGAGCUGGAUGACUCUAAGCCACCUCCUUCUUCAAGUAUGCCCCUGAUCCUACAGGAAGAGAAGCCCCCACUCCCUCCCCCUGAGUACCCCAACAUGGCCACACCAGAGACAACUCCCCUAAACCAGGAGCUGCUGGGGGAGUACACCGCUCUGCGGGACGAGGACCCCAACGCGCCCCCCUACCAGCCGCCACCUCCCUUCACCACUCCAAUGGAGGGUAAGGGUUCCCGUCCCAAGAACAUGACCCCCUACAGAUCUCCACCCCCCUACGUCCCGCCCUAAGACUUGUGACACCCUCCUCUCAUCAGGUGGAGGGGGAGGCUGCCUGAGGAACUUUGACGGUUUCCAUUCUGGUGUCUGUCUGUCAGGACUUUAACAGGGAGAGAUGACAAGAGGUGCUAAAGUACACAACAGCUACAGGGGACUUUGGUUUGGGAGGGGCAGUCAUGAGUCGGGGGGGGGGGGGUCAGUAAACGGAUGGGUGAUUGGUCAAACAGCUGGGAGGGACUACUUUUUUAGUGGUAGCCCAGCUACUGCAGUGGCCUAAGACAAACAAGCUCUCGUCACAUUGGCUGUCAGAAGACCAGAUGGUCUGAGGUGACACACGGGAGACGAGCUCUCCCUUCCCAGCAUUCACUUGGUUUGUUUCUGUUGGUUUUAAAUUCUGGCUUUUAUUUCGUGUUUUCAUUACCCCAGUGUUUUUCUGCUUUUGUUUCUGGACUGAACCAUUAGCCUAUCAGCUCGUCUUUUUCUUUCUUUGAAAUAAAACGAGAAGACUGUGAACUGCCAUCAGAUCUCUGCAGGCAACAGCUCCUGUUUUUAAUACAGAGAAAUAUUAAAGAGUUAUCAAAGGAUCUGAAAUCAGACCACAGAAUGAGACGCUGAGGUGUGUGUGUGUGUGUAUGUGUAUGUGUAUGUGUAUGUGUAUGUGUAUGUGUGUGUGUGUGUGUGUGUGUGAGUGUGAGUGUGUGUGUGUGUGUGUGCGUGUGCGUGUGCGUGUGAUUAUGUGCAUAAGUAUGUGCGUGCAUCUGUGUGUGUGUGUGUGUGUGUAUAAGAGAGAGAGAGUGGGUCUGUUUGAUCAGAUCAGUACAGUUUGCCUUUAACAUUAGUCUGUUUCUAUCCUUCCUCACAUGUCUAGUAAAGGUGAGAAUAACAGGUAGCCUAAACAGAUUUAGAGAUGAAUAAUCAAUAAUUUGUUUGUUUCGUUGAUUUUUAAUCUCACUGUAUAUCUGGAAGACGUUCUGAUAGAUUGUGUUAUAGUGUUUGGUGGUGAAGGAAAGGGACUGCCUCUCUGAAAUAACCUGAAGGAGCUCUUUGAUAACACCCAUAACCAAAACAAAGCGGCCCGUUGAACUGACUUCAUUCACAGAUUCAAGCUCUGGAUAGGAAGCACAUAUUUGAACCUCUAAAACAACAGGCAGUGAAAAUCUAGAGGGACAUAAUCAAGUCAUACUCUGUACACCCUUAGCUGCCAUGAAACAACAGGUAACAUUAGCAUUCAGCUAUUCAGGCUUACGUUGCUGUUUACCUGUUGCAGAUUACCAUCCAGCUAGUGGCUUAUUAUCUGAUUAGCAGUAAUGUCAGUAGGGAUUAACUGAAUGAGACAGAGAUAACUGAAGUUGGAUUCAAAAAUAUAAAGCUUGAUGCAGAUGACUGUUCAUUCUUUCACUACAUGAGGAGACAGUGUAACUUCAGUUUAUUAACAGUCUAUCCACUGUUCUCUACAUCCACUCAGCACCUACAUCCAAACUUUAACAGAGAGCCCUCAGGUUAUUUUGGACCUUGGAUAGAUAUUUUUUUAUGUAUGGAGGCAGUCCUUCUCUCAGGCGGAGGAGAAACUUUGUGUGCCAUGACGUCCCUGACGGGACUGUACAGAUACUCACAUUUUAGCGGUCACAGAGGAGACGCUGUGGCUCAGAUUGGGGCAGAAAGAUUAAACUACUCUGAAUUUCCAGUAAAUUAACUCUGAAAAAGGCUCAAUGAAAAUCUCCUUCUAAUUUUUUUACCAAGUUUUUGAUACAGCCUCAAAUGGUUUGAUUAAAAUGAUUAGCCUCCUGUGAUUUGUAAAAUCUUAGCCUAGAGUUUCAAGAUGAUUCAGUUAUGUACACUUUGUUUUCUUUUUGUCAUGGGUCACAUAUUUUAAGUGUUUUAUUUUAUCCUGUGUGUGUUUGCAUAUCAAAUGUAUCUCCCACUAUACAAAGAUGGAAUGACCGAUAUUUUAUGUAAUCACAAUUUGUUUUAUUUCGUCCUUAUGUUUGCUAAUGAGUUUGACUGAAGUGACCCUUUGCAAUAAUAAUGUAAGGCACAGUCGGCUGGGUGACUGGACCGUGCAGGCUCCAGCCGGUGACUCAUAUUGUCAUAAUAUUGUUGGUUUUUUGCAGGAUGCCAAGGCUUUUUUGCUUUUCGAGUGUGCAUUGUCAUAAUAAAACCAACUGGUACGAUUUAAACCAA